UCCAGCAUCGCAAUCCCAAACAUCAUGGAUCGGUUAUUCGUGUGGAUAAUAACUCUGCAGCUGUCAUUCCUGGUGGUGCAUGCAGUUACUGAUGAUGGGGACAUGUAUCAGAGGGAAGUCCUCCCGGAGCUGCCCAUGCAGAUGCAGAGAGAAGUUACCGAUGAUUGGAACAUGUAUCAGAGGGAAGUCCUCCCGGAGAUGCCCAUUCAGGAGCAGAGAGAAGUUCGUUUUCCUCUUCCCCAUCAUGGUGAACCUGUCAUGAGUCCGCGUGGCCACAGACCCGUAGCUGGGCGCAUCUCGUCCGUAGGCAGCAAUGUGAAGGAUUUCCCUCCUGGAAGGCCAGAUCAGAACAAUAUCGGUAAUAUCUGCAAUAUGAACCGGCCCAUCACCGGCUACGGUCCACACAACCUUCCACAGACUGGGUUCUCCCACCUCAGCCGCCAAGGAGAAGCCAUGAACAACAUGGAAAAUGGAUAUGCAAGAUGCUGCCGGCAGGCUGACAAACUGCACUGUGCGGUGCAAGUGUGGAAGAACAGCCUGGAGACGUUUUGUGAUGUAGAGUUUUCAAUAAAGACCCGUCAUUACCAUUGCUGUUGGAUGCAAGGAUCCGAGAGAGAAGCUUGCUUCGCGUCUGAAGCUCCCAAUCCCAGAUACGUCUUUCCUUCAGUGCCAGUUGCCUUGCAAGAAAUAGGCAGCGCUGACGUACCAUCUCUGGGAAGCUCCAGAGGCAUCAUAUCCGCUAGAUCACGGAAAGUCCAAAAACACAGCACACACGGGCUACCGGAUCUGUCCUUCCCACCUGGAGAACCCAGGUCUAGCAACAUCCAGAACAUCUGCAAGCUGAGGAAGUUCAGGCCUAUCUACACCCAAGACAUGCUGCCCCAGAGCGGCUUUGGAUUCUAUGUGCGUCAGGCCAAAACAAUCAAUCGUUUGGAGAGCGAGUUCAAGAAGUGCUGCAAAGAUGAAAAUGUGGUGUGCGCUCACACUGCGUGGGACAAAGUACUGGCCAAGUUCUGUCUGCAGGAGCGAACCGUCAAAACCAAGCGCCACGAAUGCUGCGCAAAACGGGACCGGCCCGGCAUGUUCAGCUGCUUUGCCAAAAGCGCCCCUUACCCUGAGUAUGACCGGGAGGUGGAGACUAUGAACUUGAGCAAUGUGACUGUGGAGGAUCUGCAGAUCUUAUGCGGAGAGAACAAGCUACUCACCAAGCAUAAGCAGAUCCCGUUGCUGGUGUCCAGCCUGAAAGAGUCCUGCUGUGGUCUGCUUCCAAAUGCCACGCUGGAGUGUGUGGAGACGCAGAAAGAGAAGUUUAUCGAGACACUGUGCACCAUCAAGAAAAACUCGUGGAAGGAUUCGGAGAGCUGUUGUAAGAAGGAGACACCGGAAAGAGACGAGUGCUUCACUUCCUACCUGCAGGAUGUGUCUGUCGCCGUAUCUCACAGAAAGCAAACAGACUGAGACUUUCACAGAGAGAUACCGCAAAUGCACAUUUGUGGUUUGCGGUUGCGGGGUGGUUUUAUUUUUGUGCACCUUGAUUUUGUUUCCUUAUUUUUAGGAGAUCUGCUCUCUCCAACACAGAUACAGAUGGCACAAGUGUGGUGUGUUAACCACUAAUAAGCUAACUCACACUUCUUAUUAAACUUCUAGUCGUAAUAAACCCAGCAUUAUCUACCUACCUUCACAGCACCAUCCCGAGUAUCACAUGGAGGCAGGAACAGUAGGGACUGUAAGAGCACACAGCUUAUGUAGGCAUUGGGGUAGAAAAUAAUUACAAGCCCAAUUGGCCAAGCAAUCAUAGCUCUUAAAAUUUUAUUCCUGAUGGCAGGUAUUAUCUCAGAAAUAUAUAUACAGAGGUCACAAGAUGCACUAGGAAGAAAGUUUGCUUUACUUCUUAUAUGUUGAGAAUAU